GCAUUGUCGCAGUACCGAUUUGACAGCAGCGAAAAAAGCGCGUGCAUUUUCCUUCUGCUUAGUUCAGUGGAAUUUCUUUUAUGUGAAACACAAAUUUAAACAUAGUUUUACAAUUUUUGUUUCUUUAUUUAAUUACCAAAAAUAAGUGCAUAUUAAGAAAAACAUUUGUUUAUAAACAGAAGUGUGCAGAAGUUAUCGGUCGAAUUAAGAACGAGUUUUAACCUUGAAUAGUACUGAAUACCAAUUUCGCAAAAAAUUGAAAGGGGUGAUUACAGCAACAACAACAACGAUAAUUUGUACACGCGAACUUAAAAGAAAGGAAAAAUUCCGUUCUUUGCUUGGCCGUGUGGAAAAGUUUUGUUAGGUUAGGACUAGAUUUGUACAAAAUAUAAAGUUUUGGCAUUAAAUGCCGCCCAAUAACUUAGAGCCAGUUGAGCAUCAACAAGGUGAUGCGGAAAUGCGUGAUGCAGAAGAAAUUCAGCCAACAACAUCAACAGCGGAAUCAAUAGCGCUUGCAACAGGGUCUACGACGCAAAAUCAGGAUACGAAUGGUGAUGUUGGUGCCAAUAAUCCAGAUGAUGGUCAACCACAAGCAGAAGAACCAAAUGCAGGAACAGAUGCGGAGAUGAACGAUGCUGAGGAGGGUGAGUCCAAUGGCCACGACGAUGCUAAUGAAGAUGCUGAAAAUGAAGAAGUAGCGGAAAAUGAGGAAGCAGCAGAAAAUGAAGAGGGUGGAGAUGGCGCUGCUGCAGAGGCGGAUCCAUUUUAUGGUUUCGAAGAUGAAAAUUUCGAUAGUAAAGACAUGUCGCAAGUAUUGCUAAUUUGGGAAACGCGACAUACACGUUCCGGAUUCGAUCCAGUGCCAGUGUUAAAAAGACUGGCCGAAAUCUUCGAAAAGGAAAAAGAAAUCUAUAUGCGUAAAGAUCACGAUCCAUUUGAGGAUCGCCAUCCGUAUCGUACAGAUCCCAAGUGCCAAUUUGGUUUGCUUUUAAAACAGCUUUUCCGCAAGGAUGUAUUCAUGAGUAAGCUGUUGAGUGACUAUCUGCGUGAUAAUUUCUUUACUCGCCAAAAUAUACAAAAAAGUUCCUUGGAACUCAAUAUAUUAUCAUGCCGGUUAAUAUUAAUAAUCGCACCUGGUUUGGAGACAUCUGCAGUAUUCCAAGGGGAAUUCGAACAUCUGAUUCAUAGAAUUUUCGGUUGGGCCGAAGAUAGUAUUGAGCCGUUACAAAGUUACGCGACGGGUCUCCUUGGUGCCGCUAUGGAAGUAACCGAAAUAGCAGUGUCAUUCAAGGAGCACAACGUACGCCUUAUACCAAAAAUGCUAAAGCGUCUGCAUAUGUUACAAGCAAUCUACAAGACUAUCGGUGACUGUAUGCCAACACUUCCCAUAUUACCAAUAUCCGAAACAAGUUCACCGAUAAUAUCACCGAUAUCUUCACUUGAACAAUCACUGCCCUCUUGGAUUACGGCUGAUGGUAUGUAUGUAUCGUCACCACAAUUGGAUGAGGAUGACAAAGCAACAACAUCGCAAUCUACGAAGAGCACAUUGUUGGACACACAUGUUUCGAAUUCGAACAUAUCGACUUUGAUGGAGAACAGUCGUGAUGCCUUCCCACAAGGCAGUGGCUCGCGUUACUACAAAAAAAUGUACAUACCCUUACAUCCGCCCACCGCUGAGUCGAGCCAAACGCUAAUGUUACGGUAUUUAACAUCACUCGGCAACCAUCAGGACUACUUAGGGCUCGUUUUCGAACAUCGUGCUAUGCAAUUGGUGUUCGGCUAUUUAGAGAACUUGGAUAGGCGUGACACAUGUCUGGCAUUUGAGGCGCUCAAAUAUCUCGCUUCACUGCUGUGUCACAAAAAGUUCGCUUUGGAAUUCAUAGCGCACGGCGGAUUGGAGUUGCUGCUUAAAGUGCCGCGUCCCAGCAUCGCAGCCACCGGCGUUUCGAUAACACUCUACUACCUCGCCUACUGUGAAGAGGCCAUGGAACGCAUUUGCAGCAUGCCGCGAAAUGUGAUUGCCGAGCUGGUGCACUACGCGCUUUGGCUAAUGGAACGCUCUUACGAUUCGGGCGUUUGCCAUGCGACCAUGUUCUUUGGCUUGAGUUUUCAAUUCAAAGUGAUUUUGGACGAAUUCGAUGCACAAGACGGGCUGCGCAAACUCUACAAUGUGAUUUCGAUACUUAAAAUUUUGAAUCCAUCAAACAACGAUGACGAUGAGAACCCCAUUAACGACGAUUUGGAGUGCGCCUCACGUCAAUUGGUGCGACAUGUGUGUGUCGCGCUCAAACGCUACAUGGAGAGCCAUUUGUUCUACAAGUACAACAACUUCAUGCGUCAGCAAUGCUUAUUCUCCACUGAAUUCUCGCAGCAUAUUAUCACCAAAGCGGCGAAACUGAAUUUGGAGCAGAUCAGCGAACAGGUGCGCACCUUGCAGGAGAACACAUCGGUGCGCGCGCAUUGGGCGCCUGUGGACAAGCUAUUGAAAGUGAGCGGCAUAACGCUGCUUUUGAAAAUCAUAGCGCUCUCCUACGACUGGAACAACAACGUGAGAUCGGAAAUAGUGCGCUCCGCCUUGGAUGUGUUGUCCAUAUGCUGCGUGAUACCGCGCGUAUUCCAGGUUUACUGCGAGCGCUUAGAUGUGCCAGAUAGCGCUGGGGCCUCAGGCAUUUACUUCAUUUUGGCCGCUGCUUCGGGCGACAUCACCGCUGAUGCGGAUGUGCAAAAAUCAGCGUUGGCUGUGUUGGUGCACUGCGUCUGUGCACCGCUGUCGCGUAAGGAACCAAAUACAGCGCUGAAGGUGUUCCACUCAUCCAAGAAAGAGCCAAAUAACGCGGCGAAAGGCAUUAAUUCGUCGAAGCGCAACAAGCCGGCGAAUCGCUAUUGUGAAGAGCUAAUCGAGAAGGUGUGGGAGUCGGUGUGCUCCAAUAACGGCAUAAUCAUAUUGCUCUCGUUGAUGCAAAUCAAAGCGCCAAUCACCGAUGCGGACUGUAUACGUGGCAUGGCCUGUCGCGCUUUGGCCGGUUUGGCGCGCUCCGAGCGCGUGGGUCAAAUCGUCGGCAAGCUAACGCUAUUUUCAAAUGGACAAAUACAGACACUGAUGCGCGAUCCCAUAUUGCAGGAGAAACGCGCCGAGCACGUCUUGUUUCAGAAGUACGCCAUUGAGCUGGUGGAACGCGUUUCGGGCAAGACAAAACCCAUAUCCAACAAAAUGGACCCGUCGCUCGCGAACAUACACAAAGCCAAUGUGAUCGCGCAAACGAAGAUCCAGUAUAACGAGCAGCAGCUUUACCAACUCAUACACGACCAUUUGGAAUCGAAGGGUCUGAUGCAGACGGCGCAAAUGUUGCAGAAGGAGGCGGGGCUGCCGCAGACCUUCGCGAACACGGCGAAGAACUUCCAUCAAUCGCCGUUCGACUACAAAGUGCUGCCUUCAUCGUCGGUGCGCCAACGACUGCGCAGCCGCAUGCAGGACGUCAACAAUGCCAUACAGAGCCUAGCGAACACGUCAACGAGCGAACAGCUCAACAGCAGCAUGACGUUGGACGAGCUGCCGAGCAGCAGCAAUAGCGCGGUGACGCCCAUCAAGUUGGUGAAGAAGUCGGAGAAGAUAACGAGCAACAGCGCCAGCGCCAGUGCAUUGGCCAUUGCGAAUGCGAAUGCGCAGCGUUCGUUGCAGAAGCAAAUCUCCUCACUGCCAGAGGAUGUGCGUUCGGAGAGCGGUUCGCCGCCGCUGCAGCACGGCAACCAGACGGGCAUCACGCUGGGCACUAUCGUCACGGAGUAUCUCACGAACCAGCAUGCCUUGUGCAACAACCCGAUGACCACAUGUCCACAAUUCGACUUGUUUACGCCACACAAGUGCCCGGAUCCCAAGCCCAACCGCUCGGGCGACAAUCUGAAUUUGACAGCGCGCAUUUUCAAAGCUCAAGCCGGUUACAAUACAGCGCGUCUGGAUCGUCGCUACGUGCAUUCGAACUUCGCGCCUUGGCGUUCGGUGCGCUCCAACGACUUCCCCUCGCUGCAGUUCUCCACGUGUGAGAUUGUAUCGCCCUCCAAACUGCUGCUCGUCGGCACCCAUCGCGGCGAGGUGAAAGCCUUCAAUCUCUCCACCGGCACAGAGGUCUUCUCGUCCGUCUGCCACAGUUAUGUGGUCGACUCCAUCAUUUCGAACCGCGUCGGCGACCUGGUGUUGACAUCGUGCUCGUGGCGUUCACCGCUCAGUGUGCUCUGGUCCAUACAACAUAACGAGUUCGCGACGAAACUCAGCUUUGCCGACGACUACUAUUGCGAAUUCAACAAUCUGACGCAGGACAAAGUGCUCGGCACGCAAAAUGAUUGCGCCAUCAUUUAUGACAUAACUACAGGGAAUAAGAUUUCCACCUUCACGCCAACGCUUAGCAACCAGUAUGUGAAGAAUCGCGCCACCUUCUGUCCCACCGACGAGCUCAUACUCUCAGAUGGUGUUUUAUGGGAUGUACGUUCCGGCAAGGAGAUACACAAGUUCGACAAGCUGAACCAAUGCCUCUCCGGGGUAUUCCAUCCGAAUGGUUUGGAGAUUAUUUCGAACACCGAAGUCUGGGAUCUGCGUACAUUCCAUCUGCUGCAGACGGUGCCAGUGCUGGACCAGUGUUUCCUGAAGUUCUCGCCCAUGCGCGUCAUCUACAGCUACAACGCGGAGGCGUCUGACGAGCGGAUCGACGCGAUGCUGGAGGAGUUGCCCGCCUGUGAGACAAGUUUCAAGGUGCUGGACGCGUACGACUACUCCUCUAUAUCGACGAUAGAUGUGCGACGCGGCAUCUACGACAUGAGCAUAAGUGAUAAUGGCAGUCUGAUUGCGCUGGUGGAGAACCAACCGUCGUACGACUCGCGACCGGAGACGUUCGUCAAAAUCUAUGCCGUGGGCAUGAAGAAGAUCGAGAAUCAAGAAGAGGUGCGUCACGGCGACGCGUCUUGCAUAGGUGUCGGCGCCGGCAAUGACGCCAGCAAUAGCAACGAACGCGAUGCGGCGCAUGCCGACGUCGGCGACUAUGACGACGACGACAAUAACGCCAUUAUAAAUAUUGAUAUUGAUGAUGAUGAUGGUGAUGGUGGUGGUGGAGGUGGUGGAGGCGGUGCAGGCCGAGGUGGCCUUGGCUUUGGCCUUGUCCUCGCCCGCAACCAGAACGACGAUGACGAUAACGCCGACGCAGCUAACAAUCGUCGUGCCGGUGAUCAUAUUCGUCGUUUUGGACGCAUACGCGAAAUCAAUAUCGACAUCGACGCAAGUCGGCGACACAACGGCGGCAGCGGUAGCGGCGGCGGUGGUGAAGAGAUCAUCGUGAGCUUACGGAGCUCAGCGUUGUUGCCCGCAGCCGCCAGUGGCAAUGGCGGCGUCGGUGUAAUGAUCGGUCGCGGAGGCAAUGGUCAUGCUGCGCCACGUCCCAGUGCCGCUGGCGGUGCACGCAGCGCGCGACUAGCACCAGCUACAGCAGCAGCGGCCGCAGGCAGAAGUGGUGCGUUACGCACCCAUCGCAACACACGCGCUGUUGCAGGCCGUGUGAUCGGCGGCAGUGGUGCCGGCGGUGGCGGCGGCGGCGGAGGCCUGGCUGUUAAUGGCAACGCUGUGCGCGCCGACCUCGGCGCUGGGAUUGACGCGGCAGCACAAGACCUCAUCGAUGCGAUAAUGAAUAAUUGGUUAUCUCUGCUUUCAGGAAGAUGAUGAAGAGCCUGAGUCUGAUGAGGACGGUUCGGACAGCGAUUCAACAGACAUUUUUGAUAUGAGCGAAAACGGUCUGCUUCGUUUACAGCGCCGUCAACGAAAUCGUUCGGACGGCGAUGAAGACGACGAUGACGAUGACAUGGAUAGCGAUGAUGACAGCGACGACAAUGACGGUGAUGACGACGACGGCGAUGGUUGGGUGGACGUGAACUCGCA